CAAGAACAGAGGGACAAUACACAACAACCACGCUCACGUCACACACGUGACCAAACUCGCGUAAGAGGCUUAAAGUCAUGAUUAAAAUACGUACGGUUAACUAAUGACGUAGUUUGACUUAAAAAAUGUACUUCAUGCAUAUAUUCGCUGCUGAGAGUGAAGCUUUUAUUUGAUUAGGUCCUUAGCAAGUGUCUGUUAGCCGUUAGCUCGGUUAAACUGGUGUUCGAACAUGUCUGUGGACGUGUGUGAGGCCCCGCACUGUCAGCUCGUGUGUGAAAACUCCAGUUUCUUGGAUGAAGAAAACAGUCUCGUAUCACUGGUUCAACAGCUUCACUUUAACUACAAGGUGUCACUGCUGAUUCCUGAUUGUAGCUCCGCCCCUUCUCACCUGGAUUCUGUAAUCAACUCCUUCAGCUCAUUUGUACUCAUCAAAAACAUGCCUGUGUCUGAGUUUAUAGACAAAGACUUUUUGGAAACAGCUGUAUAUCCUGGAAGUGUGUGCGCUCUCUCGUACAGGACCAGGAUUGGUGAAGACAACUGUGUGGCUCUGAUGCCAAAUGGGCGACUCCGUCUGUCUCUGGAUAGACACUCGUACCACCUUCUGGGCAUUGAGGGAAAAGUGUCCAAAUUCAGGUCAAAGGGCAGACACAUCGUGUCGGUGGAUUUGACAGACAGCAGCAUGGCCCCUGGUGGGCGGGGCUAUGACAGACUCCUCAGUGGUCUGACGUGUCGACUUCCUCUCACUUCUGACUUUCUGCUGUCACAUCAACAAGGGGUCCAAUCCUGUCUCAAGUCCCUUCUUUCUCGGUACGAUUGGUCAGAGCUCAGACCUGAGGUCAGCACCAAGGUUCUGCAUCAGCUGACCUGUCCAUCUGACCUCGGGUCAUGUGAUGCUUACAGUGUGAUGGACUGGCUGGGAGCUGUAGACGCUGGCAUCAGCAGCAGCAGCAUUGGCUCCUCUUCCAGCUUCUUGUCCACCUACACCUGUCCUGGACCCCAGAGGAUGGCGACGACAGCCCUCAGCAUCUCGGUUAGCGGCUUCCUGCUGCCCCACCACGUCCAAAUCCUCAUCAUGGAAGUCAGGCAGUUCCUAGAGCAGUCUUCCUCGCCCUGGGCUUCGUUGACGGUCCAUGGUUUCACAGACAACGUAGUCUCGUGCUGUGAAAACGAACAUGGACGUCUACGAGGAGGAGUGAACUUCUACACGCUGCUGAUGUCUAAAGGCCAUGACUACAAGCUACUGAUUGUUACAGGGUCACAUGACUCCUGCUCCCCAUGAUUUUGUUUUGUUUCAGUUUCUGGAAGAUUUUUACUUUGAGUGAUGAAUUAAAAAAGGAUCAAAGGUCAACAA